GGACCCAUGGGGGGGCAUAUGGGGGGGCCGGGGCGUGGGGGACCAGAAGGUCCCCCUGGUGCCAUGCCUCCAGAGAUGCGCAGGUUCGGGCCGAGCCAGAGCGAGAGGUUCGGGCCGAGGGGCGGUGGGGAUAGGGAUAUGCCAAUGAGGCCAGCCUCCUUUUCUCCCAGCGCGCGCGACUUCAAGGAGCGCGCGCGACUUCAAGGAGGUGUGUCUGUGUAUGGAGGAGCUGCAGUCGCCGCAGCAGCACGGGGCGAUUCUGGCGAAGUGGGUGGCCACGGGGCUGGACAAGAAGGAGGCGCAGCGCGCAAGGUCGUGGAGGACCUGGUCGUGCGGCUCUGCUCCGAGCCCAAGCCUGCGUUGUUUACCUGGGCACAGAUUGAGCAAGGACUCGUGCGAGUCUUCCAGGACCUCGAGGAUUGGUCAGUCGACGCCCCCAAAGCCCCGCAGCACGUGGGCCGCCUGAUUGGCCGGCUCGUGGCAGCUGGCGCGAUCCCAUUGGCUGACGUGGCGCGGCUGGUGAAGGCGGGCGGCGCAGAGGAGGGGAGUCUUGUGGAGAUGGGGGAGGGGAUCAAAGUGAUGGUGGCGGUGGUGGAGGCGGGUCCGGAGGGGUUUAUGGACGAGCGGGCGAGGGGGAGGAAGGAGAAGGUGGAGGAGGCCAGGAAGGCGCUGGGGCUGGCAGGUGCUGCGGACCCGCUAGAAGCAGUGGCGGCGCACCUGACGGAGGGACUUGCCAAGGGCGAACCAGCAGAGGCGGUGCUCAAAUGGCUUCAGGCCAACACUCCUCCUGACGCCGUAUCAAGCCCAGCCUUCCCGCGUCUCCUCAUGCGCUCUCUGCUGCAACACGCCAUCGGCAGCAGCACAGCAGACUUCAAGAAGCUGCUGGAAGGGCCCGUGAAGAAGUAUGCCAAGGUGUUCCAACAAUACGCGUCAGGGAAGCAAAAGGCCAACCAGAUUCAGUAUCUCUUCGGAGCUCAGGAGUUUGCGGAGUCGCGUCGGCACCCACAGGGCCUGCUUGCUGCAGUCUUUAGAGCUCUCUAUGACCUCGAUGUAGUGGACGAGCCCAUGUUCUUCAAGUGGCAGGACGACAACAAGGACCCGACGCCGGGCAAGCAAAAGGCAUACUUGGACGUGCGCAAUUUCCUUAAUUGGCUAAGCACAGCACCGGAGGAGGGCAUGGAGGAAAAUGGAGCUAGUGGUGAAGAGGAUUCAUAAAGGCAAUUGGCCACGUCCCAUGGCUUUAGAGAGCCAUGGAUGGUUUCCUGUGAAGGCAAAUGCUUGCAUCUGGGCUUCCGUUGUCGAUGUGCCUAAAGCAGCCCCAAGGCUCUACUGGUCCAUGCCACUUCUGUUCUACUCACAUCGUUGUUUGUACCUAAUUUGGUCAACCUAUGCAUUCCUGCGAGUUUAGAGACGGUACAAGCGGACGGAGUACAGUUCUGA